AUGAACGCUGAACAGGCUGAAGCAAACUCAAGAUAUCUGGAACUUUCAAAGAGGAACCUGGAAAAUAAAACAAAGAAGGAAUUGGAACAGAAGCAAAAACAGGAGGAGUUAUUGGAACAGAGGAGAAUUAUUAUGAAGUCACUGUUAACCCCGGAUGCGCAUGCAAGAUUGUCCAGAAUUGCUAUCGUAAAGGAAGAUAAUGCUAAGCGAAUUGAGGACAUUAUCAUCAGGAAUAGUCAAAUGGGUCUUAUACACCAAAAAAUAGACGACGAUCAAUUAAUUAAAAUUAUAGAGCAAGUGAGUGAAAAAAUUCACAAAAAAGAACCAGUGAUAGAAAUUAGACGAAGAAAACAGUUUGAUGAUGAUGAUGACUUCAAUGAAGAAGACUACAUGUAA